UCCAAAAAGAAAAGAAAAAAAAACAAAAAAAUCAAUGGGCGUUCACAACAUUCAAAACCCGCGUAUCCGCCUUCCUCCCCGGCCGCCGCCUGCGUUUCCGAAGCCGAUGGAAGCGCUGCACGAGACGCCGAUUCCUCCGUUUCUGUCGAAGACGUAUGAUCUAACGGAUGAUCCAUCGCUGGAUGGCAUCAUAUCGUGGGGAGACAGAGGCAGGAGCUUUGUGGUGUGGGACCCCGUGGAGUUUGCGAGGCUUAUUUUGCCCAGAAAUUUCAAGCACGCCAAUUUCUCCAGCUUCGUUCGUCAGCUUAAUACUUAUGGAUUUCGCAAAAUAGACACAUAUAAAUGGGAGUUUAGGAACGGAGGAUUUGUACAAGGGCAGAGGCAUCUACUGAAGAAGAUACAAAGACGGAAAUCGCAUCACCAGCUUGAGGGGCGGCCAUCUACUGCAUGGCAUGAUGAGAUUAGAGAGUUGAGGAGGGAGAGAAGGCUAAUGGUGGAGGAGGUGAUGGGAUUGCAGGACGAGCAGCGCCUUACGGUUCAGCAUAUGCAAGUGGUGAAGGAGAAGCUCGAGGCAGCAGAGACGAGACACAAGCGGAUGAUCUCAUUCCUGGCGAGAUUGAUCAACUCGGGCAUUCCUUCAUCAUCUAGAACAAUGAGAGAGGUUGUGAAACAUCGGACCGAUCUCUGCAGUUCUGAUGUGACACCCGGCUCUGAUCAACCAUCCCUGCACCAGAUCGGGGAAGAUGAAUUCAACUAUGCCCCCAAGAAGGAUGACUCAGUUGGUGCCAUGAACCCCCCAGCAGACGAGCAUUUUGCCUCUUCUCCGCAGAAUGUAGUGGUGGAGGAUGGUGUUCCUGGAUUCUUGAUAGCAGGAGACGCGUGGAGCAUGGGCCUGGAAGCUGGUGAUCCGUGGGGUUAUGUUAGCAAUUACUACGACACACCGGAUUUAGAGAGUCGGCUUUUAGAUGUUUCGGAAAUAGGAUCAAUGCAGCUUGAAGGAAGUUCAGACAUCAAGGAAUGGUUGGAUGACGAAUCUCCUAUUAACAAUUAGCCUGCUGAUGUACAAUAUAGGUGACACAAUAGACCCUAAACCAAUACAUGUUUACUUAUACCUUUUGGUGUCUUAACUUUAUAUAUAAACACAUACAUUUGCCAAUUGGCAUUAACAA